GACAGAGCAGGAGAAAAAAAAAAAAAAGCUAGUCGAUCAUAAGACCAGAUAUGAACGGCUCCCUUUUAACUCCGCCCAGUCCACGUGCUGCGGCAAACUCCUCCCCUCUUCCUCCUUCUCCGUCUCCUUCUCCAUCCCCUCCUUCCCCCUCGCUUUUGCCUAUCUCUCCUCGACCUCCACCUUUACCCCCUCCACCCCCUGCUGGUCAGCCUCCGUCAUCUCUGUCAGACACCCCCACUCCUUCCCCCUCACCCUGCCUUAGCUGGACCGAGUUCUGUGAGCUACACGCCCGGGUCGCGGCCGGAGACUUUGCUAGGCAUUUCCGGGCUUUUCUGCUGGAGAACCCGCACUAUUCCCCGGAUUCCGCCGCUGCCUUCUGCAGACGUUUUACCGACCGGUUCGUCCGGCACUUUGAGAGUGAGCUGGAGGGAUGCAGCGCGGUCAGGGAGGGAGCGGGAAGCUGGGUCGCCCAAUCAGACGCCACGUCUCUUGAAGAGGAGGCGUCUUCUCCACCUCUCCUGCCUCCAGAAGCUGCUGCUCCCUGCCCUCCUGCACACACACGGGCUCUGCCAAAGCCUCUGUCCUGUCGACAGGGAUUGGAAAGCCGCGGCGGAGAGAGAUUUCCGAACCCCACGGCUUUCCAGGACUCGUAUGCUCACACACAGAUCCUGCCCCCCUCUUCUUCUUCAUCCUGCUCUUCCUCAAUGGGUGGAAAUAACGGUAGGAGGGAGGAGAGAGGAAUCACGGUUAAACCAACGGCCAAUCUGUCCGGCAACGGGGACAUGGAAGAGGAGGAGGAUAGCUGGGCGGGGCCAGUGACUGGAGAGGAGGCGGAGCCUGAGGAGGGGGCGGGCAAAGAGGUAGAGGCAGAUGGGGAGAUUUUUGCCGACAGAGCGGACGCCAGCCAGAUUCCCAGAACUCCCAUCCUGUCUGGCACACCCUCGAACUCUGGCUCUAAGGGCAACGGAGCACCGUCUGGGGGCGGUCACUCCAAGAACAAACUGAAGAAGCGGUUUUCCUUGCGCAGCGUCGGCCGCAGCGUAAGGGGAAGCGUCCGGGGCAUCCUGCACUGGCGCAGCUCCUCCAGCGACUCCCCCCAGAGCUGCUCCGCAAACUCUGUCCCCCUCCCCUCCAGCUACAGCUACACUACAGGCCUGCAAGACGGGAAAAGAAACUCUGGUUCGCAGGCGACCCCCGCUUCCCUCCCUGUCUCUCUUUCCCUCCCUCUUUCUCUCCCUCACUCCUCUUCAUCCUCCCUUCCCCCGUCCUCCUCCAGCAGCGCUACGUCCCUCUCCCUCUCCGAGGCCCGCGACCGAAGGAGGAGCAACGGGGAGGGAGAGAAGGAGAAGUGGAGUCAUCGGCUCGAGAAACUGCGGCUGUCCCGUUCGCCUCCUCCCGUUGUCCCCGCCUCCGCCACCUCCUCGAUCAUCUCGCCCUCCUCGGCCCUCCCCCCAAGUAGCGCCGGCGCUCCCCGCAAGACAGGCAGGCUGGUCCGAGAAGGAGGUGUCAGCGUCUGCUCCUCCACUGACGAGUUUGCCGGCUCGCACGGUUUUGCGGGCUUCUCUUUCGGACUGCUUCACCAUGGCGCUGACACCAGUAACGUUGGUCCCGCCGCAGGACAGACUGGUGCAGCGCAGCCCCUGGCCAGCGGAGGCGCUGUGGGCGGUAGAGGCAGCCGUUGGCACAAGUGUCGCCUAGUGCUAAGGGAAAGAGACAAAGAAGGCGGAGAGAGAGGAGAGGAGUACUUCUUGGAAUUUUUCAUUCCGCCAAAGUCCUCCAAACCCAGACUGACUGUCCCAUGCUGCUCCAUUAUGGACGUGAGGAGUACCACAGCAUUGGAGGUGCCAGACAAGGAGAACACGUUCCUACUGCAGCUGGAAGGACAGGUGCAGUAUGUGAUUGAGACCAGAGACGCGGUGCAGAUGAGGGCCUGGUUGAGUGACAUUAGGAAUGGCAUCUGUCUAAGUGAGCAGGAGGACACUGAGGGAGUGUGUGGAGGUACGCAGCCUGAUCUGAGCAGCACGCCCGAUUUCAACUCUCAAGUAUGUUAUGGUGGCGUUGGAGGCUCUCCACUGCUUGAACCUCUUCCCCCUGAGUUACCACCUCGUGCUCCUCUUGACGAAUCAGACAGCCGACUCCUGGGUGGGGGCGGAGCUAGCCUUGGCACGCCUUUUGCUGAGACACCAGAUGCCACGGGCUCGUUCCUGUUCUCCGAGGGCUCUGUUACAGAGGUGGUGGAGCACCCCCUGAGCGAGUGCCAGUGGUUUCACGGCACGCUCUCCCGACUGAAGGCGGCACAGCUGGUGCUGGCGGGGGGGAUGGCCAGCCACGGCGUCUUCCUGGUACGACAGAGCGAAACACGCCGCGGGGAGUAUGUGCUCACCUUCAACUUCCAGGGCAAAGCUAAGCACUUGCGUCUCUCUCUGAACGAGGACGGACAGUGUCGUGUACAGCACUUGUGGUUCCAGUCUAUCUUUGACAUGCUGGAGCAUUUCCGGGUGCACCCAAUUCCCCUAGAGUCUGGGGGAGCCUCAGACGUCACCCUCAUCAGCUUUGUGGGGGCCACAGCGGUCCGGCAACCAGGCCGGGAGAGGGCAGGCAGCCGGCCCACAGUCUGUGAUGUCAUCACCACGCGCCACCCUGACUCUCCAUCAACCCCCAUCUCUGACUGUGUACUUGACCAGCAGACCCCGUAGCCCCCCACAACCCCCGCCUCCCCCUCUUCCGCCCGGGCGCCCGCCGCCCCCUACCCCACCGCAGGAACGAGGGAAUGAAACAGAGGCUGUCGGAGGAGGAGGAGGAGGAGGAGGCGGCGGAGGAGGUGUAGGAGUGGGAGUGGGAGGAGGAGGAGGAGGCGCCGGAAGCGGAGCGGAGGAGUGCGAGGAAAGAGAAAGGGAGGCUCCUCUACGACAGCUGGAAGGAGCGGAGAGCGAGGAGA